UCGGGAUGCGGAGGGGGGUUCUCGCCGUCUUGGACGGGGUGCCGAAGACGGAUUAUUCUCUGCGGGGCAACACCAAAAAUUUUCUUUCGUUAAUUUAACGGCGAUUGUGUUCCUAUCUCGGGGAAAAUGCGGACUCUCCAAAUGCAUCACCCGUUACCUGGUUGGAAUGGCAACAGCGGAUCUGAUGGUGGUUAUCGUUGUUGCUUUAGUGGAACAAAUCAACAAUAUCUACAGUUAUUCCAGAUCCCUGCUCAUCACUCCUGUAUGCGCUCUGACACUUGUACUUAGGGUCUUAACAACAGACUGUUCUGUUUGGUUCACGGUUAGUUUUACCUUCGAUCGUUUCAUCGCAAUAUGUUGCCGAAAGCUGCGGGAGCGAUACUGCACCGAGAGAACAGCAACGGGCGUUAUCGUUACCGUGGUUAUAGUGAGCUGCGGGAGAAGUGCCCCGUUAUACUUUGCCCUUGAACCUUACGUCAUCAUUGAUAACCAGCCGUGGCGGUGCACCGUCACAUAUGAAUACGUUACUUCACCCGAGUGGAGAAGUUACCAAUUACUGGACAGUAUUUUAACACCAUUGUUACCAAUCGGAUUAAUCCUGGUGUUUAACGGGUUAACCGUAAGACAUAUCGUUGUGGCAAAUAGAGUCCGCAGAAGGCUUCGGCACAGCAGCGACAAUCAGAAAGAUGCCGAGGUGGAAAAACGCAGAAAAUCGAUGAUUUUGUUGUUUGCUAUAUCAGCUAAUUUAUAUAUAAUUUUGGAUGCCCUAUGUGGCCCAUUCUCUGAAAUGGCAACCAGAGAACUAUUUUUACCAGGACAGAUAUUUGAGUUCCCCGGUAUACAUCCUACAGCAAUUUGCGUUCAUGUUGCAAAUGCUCAGCGUGUGCACCAAUACUUGUAUCUAUACACUGACACAGAGGAAAUUCAGAGAAGAGUUGAGAAAUGGAAUGAAAUAUGUGUUUACCUUAAAUGGGCAUCUGUGUAGAUAACGCCCAUGUCCAAUUACA